CGCCGUCUCCAUGGUUACGGCGGGCAGCGGCCGAGCCGUGGAGCGAGCGGGCCUGAGAGCGGGACCGGGAUCGGAGCGGGGCCGGAGCCGGCCUGGGGCGACGGAACGGCGGGAGCGCCGCGGGCCGCGAUGUACCGCCGGGAGAAGAGCAUGGCGCUGCGCGGCAGCUCCUCGGCGCUCUACAACAACCUGAGCGUGCUCCUCCCGCCCCGCGGGCCGCUCGCCUUCCUCGGCUCCGUGCACGGCCCCGCCGUCACCGUGCUCAGCGCCACCGGCGACGCGGCGGGCCGCGCCCAGCGGCAGCUCCAGGCCCGGGCGGGCGGCGGGGCUUCGCUCGUCACGCAGGCUGCCUGGUGUGUCCUGCCGGCACGCACCCUGCUGGUGCUGACCUGUCAGAAAGGCAUCCAGAUGUACGAAUCAGAUGGCUCCAUCAUGGUGUAUUGGCACGCGCUGGACAUCGCAGAGCCCCCUCCAGCACAAGCCGCGUUUGCCCGAGGUAUCUCUGCAGCAGGAGAACGUUUCAUCUGCGUGGGGCUGUCCUCUGGGAUGGUGCUGGUGUUCGACAUCCCCCCAAAAGGGACCGACAUCGCGGUGAGCGAGGUGCUGAAGGAGCACCGCGACGCCAUCACCGACAUCGCCGCCGAGCUGGGCCAGGCGCCGGCCGGGGCCGGGGACCUGGUGACCGCUGACGACGCCGGGGCGCUGUGCGUGUGGAGCUCCGGCGAGGAAUUCUCCCUGCUCAACAGGAUCCCGGCCUUCGGCUGGACCUGCUCCUCCGUGCGGCUCUGGAACGGGAUCGUGGCCGCCGGUUACGGCAACGGGCAGAUCCGGCUGUACGACGCAGCGACGGGCGGCCUGCGUGCCGAGGUGGGCGCGCACGCCCGCUGGAUUUACGCCCUGGACCUGGCACCGGCCACGGGAAAGCUGCUGUCGGGUGCGGAGGACUCCUUCGUUCACGUGUGGAAGCUCAGCAGGAACCCGGACACCGACGACGUUGAGGUCGAGCACUGCCACGCUGAGUGCGUCACCGACACCCAGAUCUGCGGAGCCCGGUUCUGUGACCCCGAGGGAAACUCCUUUGCGGUGACCGGCUACGACCUCAGCGAGAUCUUCUGCUACAGCCGGCUGUAGCCGCGAGCCGUGCGGGCUGCUGGGGGGCUGCGGCAGGGAGAGCCGGGCUGCCGGCACCCCCCCCCACCUCCGUCACAGCGCCGUGCCCGGCAGGGUGGGAUUCUGCACGCAGCCGGAGCUGAGAUCGGCCGCUCCCAAAGCAUCCCUGCCCUCGGUGCGGCCCGUCUGCGCGUGGGAACACGGGCCGAGAGCCGUGCCGGCUCCGCAGCACUGCGGGCCCCCGGGCCAGAAGUUGCCCCCCACCCCCCCCGGACCCCCCCUGCGAGAAGGAUGCGGCCGAGGUGACGUGGCCGGGCAGCAGCAGCCGCACCGCGGGCUCUGGUAGCAGCGUUCCUGUCCGUUCCCCGCACGGAGGGACUCCUCUCUUCCCCGCGGCACCUUUCCUUCAGGCACGAAGGGAUCCGGGCUGAACCCGUGCUACGAGCCCGGCCGGCCGGGGGGGCCGCAGCGGCCGCUCCCACCCCAGGCGGCCGCAC